AGAGAAAAGCCAUAAAAAUUAAUCUUGGCCCUGACAAAAUUAUAUUCAUGGCUAUAUUGCACACAAAAUACUAACAGCACUCUGCACUGAAGAUGGCAAACAACAUAUAUGCUGUCGUUGAAUUUAUAGAGGAACAAUUAGUGGAAAUUGUUGCAACAUGUUGGAUUGAGACAAUUGAUUGUGAAUUAUACUGCUACUGGCCACGAAAUAAUGCAUCUCAUAAAUUAAGGAAGCUCGAGAUUCCAGACAAAGAAACUUGGAUUGCUUAUAAAGUCAGAGUUUUCUCAUAUACAGAUUCAGUAGCAAAAGCACAAAAGAUUUUGAAAAGGGCUGAAGAAACAUCAAAUGUUGAAUCCGAUUCAGAUUCUGGCCAUGCAAGAAAAAGAAGGCGCACAAAAGCCAGUUUAUUUGAAUAUUCAGAAGGCAGUGAUACGGAUGAAGAUAUCUCAAAAAAUGGGAAAAAGAAGUCAGCCCCUACAUCAUCUUCCCCAGUUAUUACACCAUUGCUCCCUGUUGCACCGAGCUUUUCAUCAAAUCCAUCGAAUGAAAUGAGUCUGCCCAUGGCUCAGAGAAAGGAAAUUUUUAGUGCCCUGAGCAAUCCUCUCACUGAUGCAUCUAGGACCAGUUUAAGUUCUGGUGUACAGAAUGUCCAUGGAAGCCAGACUGAGGCUAUUUUUUAUCAAACAGCUGUUGGAACUCCUGAAGGCAACAGGAAUUCAUGUGAAAGAAGCCAGCAUUGCAGUUCUGGUGCAACUACAGACUCUUUUGAAACACCAAAAUCAGGCAAUCGCAACUCUCUACAUCAGGAUCACGACAGCUUUCAAAGAUCUGUUCUGACGAAGCUUGAUAUAAUGCUUGAAAAACAAGAAGAAGCAUUAUCAAUUUUGCGGGUAGUACUUGGUGCCACAGAGGUGUUAGUGGAAAUGACUGCUUGA